AUGUCUCUCGAAUAUUGUGAGUUAAAAUUCCUCGAUGCCGUUGGUGCGCAAAAUUUAGAUUUAAUGGAAUCCUUAUUAAAAAGAGGUACCGACCCAAAUGCGGUUGUUAUCGAUUUUGACUGGACAGCUCUGCAUUUUAUAUGUUCUGAACAUAAGUUCACGAAGAUCCAUUUGAAAAUGAUUCAAUUUCUUAUCCAGUAUGGUGCCGACGUAAAUAUACAAGAUGAAGAUGGUAACAGUCCGAUGAUGAUUCUGUUUAAUAAGGAAUAUAAUGAAUCUAAUGAUAUGGGAUUACGCAUCGAGGCAUUGGAAUUACUACUGAAAAACGGAGCCGAUGUCACACUCGUCAACAACGAUAGUGAAACUAUAUUCAGAAAUAUUAUUCUUUGUAAUCCAGCAAAUCCAGACACUGCAGUGGCGCUUGAAGUGCUUUUGAAAAACGGCGCUGAUCCAAAUAUGGUUGAUGGCGAAGACAUGACAGCUCUGAAUUUUUUAUGCAAUCAACCUUGCUUUACAAAAGUCCACUUAAAAAUGAUUCAAAUUUUAAUUCAGUAUAAUGCCGACGUUAAUAUCCAAGAUCAAGGCGGUCACAGUCCUAUAAUGAAUUUAUUUCGUGGGGCAAAAAAUUACAAAUUACGCUUAGAAGUUUUCAAGUUAUUACUUGAAAACGGAACUGAUGUCACACUUGUCGACCACCGGGGUGAUACAAUAUUACAUAUUAUCUUUUACUACAAUGCAGCAAAUAAUCCAUUCCUUCUAGAAGCAGUUGAACUGCUGUUAAAAAGUGGAAUAGACGUAAAUAUCAAAAAUGAUGACGGAUAUUCUGCAUUUCAUGAAGCGAAUAGUUACUUGAAACACCGAAAAGUAAUCGAACUACUUUUGAAAAAUGGUGCCGAUCCGAAUGGGAUGGUUGACAAUAGCAUGCCACCUACAGAUUUUUUAAGUUUUUAUUGGCAAUCGAAAAUGGGGUGA